GGUGCCGGGCGGGGCGCGGAGCCGGCCCCGCAGCAUCGGCCGCGGCGGCGGGGCUGACGCGCCUCCGUCCUCCUCCUCUGCGGGCGGCCGCUCGCACGCGCCUCGCCAGGCCGAGCGGAGCCGCGGCAGACAAAGCAAAGAUGGCAGGGAUCCUCGCCUGGUUCUGGAACGAGCGGUUCUGGCUGCCGCACAACGUCACCUGGGCGGACCUGCAGAGCACGGAGGAAGCCGCCUUCCCGCAGGCGGAGGACCUCUACCUCGCCUUCCCCCUGGCCUUCUGCAUCUUCAUGAUCCGGAUGCUCUUCGAAAGAUUCAUUGCUAAACCAUGUGCCUUAGGCCUUAAAGUCCAAGCCAACGGACCACAGAAAGCUCAACCUAAUGCUAUCCUGGAAAAAGUUUUCACAGCUAUUACAAAGCAUCCAGAUGAGAAGAGGCUGGAGGGCCUCUCCAAGCAGCUGGACUGGGAUGUACGCAGUAUUCAACGUUGGUUUCGACAAAGACGCAACCAGGAAAAGCCCAGCACUCUUAGAAAGUUCUGUGAGAGCAUGUGGAGAUUUACAUUUUACCUUUAUAUAUUUACCUAUGGAGUACGGUUCCUGAAAAAGACACCCUGGCUCUGGAAUACCAGACAGUGCUGGAACGGGUAUCCAUAUCAGCCACUGAUGCCUGACCUUCAUUAUUACUACAUAGUUGAAUUGUCAUUCUACUGGUCCUUAAUGUUUUCUCAAUUCAUUGACAUCAAAAGAAAGGAUUUUGGCAUCAUGUUUACACAUCACAUUGUAGCAGUCACCCUGAUAACCUUCUCAUAUGUAACCAAUUUGACACGAGUGGGAACCUUGACCUUAUGUCUUCAUGAUGUGGCUGAUAUUGUCCUAGAGGCUGCCAAAAUGGCAAACUAUUGCAAGUGUCAAAAACUGAGUGACCUUCUGUUCCUUACAUUUGCCUUUGUCUUCAUUGUCAGUAGGCUUGGCAUAUAUCCCCUAUGGAUAUUAAACACAACAUUGUUUGAACUGUAUGAAGCUCUGGGCAAUUUUCCUGCCUUGUGGGUCUUCAACACACUGCUUGUGAUUCUUCAAAUUCUGCAUUGUUUAUGGUCCUACCUAAUCAUAAAGGCAGCCUACAAAGCUUUUACAAAGGGCAAGGCUGGGAAGUGGAACUCCUUGCAUGUAGCAAAGGAUGACCGAAGUGACAUUGAGUCAAGCUCAGAUGAGGAAGAAACAGUACCUCGUUCAAAGACCCUCCACAGCCCUGUCGCCACUAAUGGGACUGGUGGUGCCAAUGGGACAAACGGGUAUCUUACUGGUGGCACUUGCUCAGAGGAGCAUUAAUCCUUUAGUUCAAUCAUGAGACACAACCGGAAUGAACUGUUUGCUACUGGAAGUAAAUUAUAAGUUGUGAAUGCGAUUUCUUCAUAUAUCUCAGCAUCAGAAAAAGUUAGGAGUAUCAAAGCAUUCUGAUAGUGCACUACCAUAUUUCCUGUUUGUGAAUGAAGACAACACACCAUUCUGUAUAUGUAGGCAUGCUGUAUGUGUAUGUAACUGACACAAUGGGAGCAGUAUUUUCACUUGUACUGUCUUUGAAAUAUUAUUUAUUUUGUAUUCUUUGGGGAACUUCUGGACAAAAGGGAAUAUCCAUUCUCUAACUUUAUCUCGGGAUUCUCAGCGGCUUAGAUCUCUUCUGUCCAUCCCUGUUGCUUAUGCUGAUCCGCUAUAAGUAAUAGUUGUUUGAUUUGUUACUUACAGUAAAAUAGAACAUAGCUUUAUAGAUUCUAGAUCUGCUUCAGAUAUUUUUGCUACCUUUGUGUUUUAAAGUGCUGGUUUUGAAAUUGCCUAUCAAAUCACAGUGGCCGUUCCUCCAACAUAAAGUUUUAGAACACUGGAUUGAUAUUUUAGAUAGUAAGUACUGUGGUAAGUUAGCAGUUUGGGGGAAAAAUGUGGUAAUUGUGGGAUAUUAUUUUAGCAUAAUUUAAAAUUCAAUUUGGUGGUUAAUUGCAUUAGAAGUAGAUUUGAUUAGUUGUGCAAAUACCCAAAAGCAUUGAUGUCUACAGUUAGGAAAAACUCAUUCUCACUGGUUUCUUUUUUUUUUUGCCUUGCAAUUUUUGACCUCUACAGAUUUUAACUUUUUUUGCAGAGAUUCCAUGUUGAAAGGUUUGUUUGUUCAAGUGAAUCUGUUCUUGGCAAGUUCAGGUGGAUAAGAGCAGGGGUAUAAUGGAAAAAGCAGCAGAUUAAAAGUUCAUUGCUUCCUUGGACACAGUUCAGUCUAGGUAUCACUCUUAUCAUUAUUGCUACUUUCAUGGUAGAGUGAGAAAGAGAAGGCAGAAUGUCAUACAUUACCAGAAUGCAUGAAAACUUGAGCAAAAUUCACUUAACAUAAUUCACAGCAAAUUUUGAAUGCUCAGCAGUAUUUCAUCACCUCUAGAAAUAAAAUUAAGGGUGUUCGUAAAAUAAUUCUGCUCUCCUUUUUUAACCAAGGUUUACAAACUGUGUCCUAAAGAAGACAAACACCCAAAAUAAACAUCUUUUUAAAAAUUAUAUACACAUUUCUUCCAGUCUGUAGAUCAAAGUUUGAUUAAGGAUGCUAAGGAUCAUACAGCUUUUGCAGGACACUUUUCUGUGAUUUGUGAGCAGUGCCAAAAGUAGGCAAGGUUCUUGGGUAACAGAUUCUAUGCAACCUGCUGUUCAACAGUAUUGUGUAUGUGCACACAGAACCAAUAUACUUAUAGACCAAAGACUUAUAUAUAUUUAAAAAAAAAAAAACAAAAAAAACAAAACAAAAAAAAACAAGAAGAAAAAAAAAACAGUAAAAAAAGGGGGGGGGAGAAUAAACCAGGGAAAAAAAUGUAACAGAGUGUCUCCUACAUACAAAAGGAUUGGAGUGCUGUGUUCAGCUGGGACUCUAAGCCAGGAAAUCUUUCUGAUUCCUUCCACCUAUGCAAACAUCAAAAUAUAGAUUGGUUUCUGAUGCCUUUAAACAUGUUUAAAGGCUCUAUUUUAUACAGAAUCCAUUGAAGACACUUGUGUCACCACUUAUUUCUUUGAAAAACUAAGUUUCAUCCUAUUCUACUGGUCACUCUUGGAAACUUAUGAAACCUUUAUUGUCCAUAGGGACCCUCGUAUGUUAGCAAAAAAUGUGCUAAAAGUAAGGGCAGAGUGACAUGAAUGAAAAUAGUACCUCCACUUAGUAGACGAUAAAGAAAACUGAAAAA